AUGAUCGAUAAUGUGGCUUCUGCCGCAAGUUCAAUCGAUCGAGAGAUGAGAAGCGCCAAGUCUUCACUGCGUGACGCCUGUGGCUCCGUGCCAGGACAGCUUCGCAAGCUGGGAUCCUUCAGUGGCCGCAACAAUUCUCGAGACUUUGAGCGGGCCAUGAAGUUGCCUGUGGUGGGGGAACCUGUGUACAUAGAGACUACAUUGAAGAAGAAAGAGGACUCUUUGGACGAGGUUACCGUCAAGGAGGAUCUGGACGGUUCCCAUAUUCCGGUUACAAUCUAUGGGGACACAGCGCGUUAUGGCACAGGGUUCGAUCAAUCCAAAGUGACGGGCUGCUUCUUGAGUCUGGUAUUGUGGCGGCCUAAAUCAACCAGGAUGAGUCAAUUCUUGCUCUGGAAUUUGAAUGGGGAGCGUAGUUUGGGAUGGAAGAGUCACAACCCGCUAUAUUUGGCUGUCGUGAAUUCAAUGAACAAGGCCUUUGAAGGUUUUACGUGGGAGGGGGCACAGCUGAAUCGAAAGUUUUGUGUCACUCAAAUCAAGGGUGACUGGGAAUAUCAUUGGCAAACGUGGCGGUUGAGGCGGUACUACAAAACUAGGUUUAUCUGCUGGCGGUGCGAUGCUGAGAAUCACGCCGAUGCUGCACAUUCGAUGACCGAUGUCAGCGAGCAUCCAACUUGGCAGGCAACAGAGCUUUCCCAUAAUCAGUUUGUCGUUGAGGGUAUGCAGGAUAAUCAUGUAUGUGCCUGA